CCUUUUGGGUGUAUUGCGCGUCAUCGAAACGCGAGGAAAUCGAAGAAACGCGAAUCGCCGUGCUAAUCUGAUCUCCUCCCUCGUCGGGAAAAAAUGGCUACUGGUGGAAAAGUCUCCUUCAAAGUCACUCUGACUUCAGAUCCUAAGCUUCCUUUCAAAGUUUUCAGUGUACCGGAGGGAGCUCCGUUCACGGCGGUUCUGAAAUUCGCAGCAGAGGAGUUCAAGGUUCCUCCACAAACCAGCGCCAUCAUCACUAAUGAUGGGAUCGGGAUCAACCCUCAGCAGAGUGCAGGAAACGUGUUCCUGAAGCAUGGGUCUGAACUAAGACUGAUCCCGCGUGAUAGAGUUGGAGCUGCGUUUGUGAUCAUGGGGAUCCAUGAAGGUUGAAGCAAUCAGUAACUCUCUGUUUCCUUACCUUUAAAAAACAUAUAAUAACCAACAUCUUUGGAUUACAUCCUUCUUUGAAUAAAUAAUGUGUAAUGCGCUUAUACACCCUCUUAGGGAUUAAGUGAACUGGAUUUUGGUCAAGUUUUAGAUAAUGUUGUACUAAAAAGAGCUUGAAUUGGUCUCUUACCAUCUUGAAGCACUAAGCUUCGUUCUAAUUAAGCUAUAUGAUCAAGCCAGUAAGAUGAGUGUUUGCGUUUA